AAGCUUAUUGCAAUUGACAGCGUCUGCAGUUCAUUUCAAGAUGGCCGCUUGGCUCACAUUCAUUUUCUGCUGAACGACUUUUAACUUUCAUUGUCUUUUUUGGCCGCUCCGAUCAUCACCAACCGGCUCCGUUUUCCGGAGCCGCUCCUCGCCACGCCAAAAUGCACCGAACAACCAGAAUCAAAAUAACCGAGCUAAACCCCCAUCUCAUGUGCGUGCUCUGCGGCGGGUACUUCAUUGAUGCAACAACCAUCAUAGAGUGCCUCCACUCCUUUUGUAAGACCUGUAUCGUGCGUUACUUGGAGACCAGCAAGUAUUGUCCUAUCUGUGAUGUCCAAGUUCACAAAACUCGACCGCUUUUGAAUAUAAGGUCAGAUAAAACUCUCCAGGAUAUUGUAUACAAGCUAGUACCAGGCCUUUUCAAAAAUGAAAUGAAAAGAAGAAGGGAUUUUUAUGCUGCUCAUCCGUCGGCUGAUGCUGCCAAUGGCUCUAAUGAAGACAGAGGAGAAGUGGCUGAUGAAGACAAAAGAAUUAUAACAGACGACGAGAUAAUAAGCUUAUCCAUUGAAUUCUUUGACCAGAAUAGACUGGAGCGAAAAGGAAAUAAGGAGAAAGAAAAAUCAAAGGAAGAGGUGAAUGACAAAAGAUACUUGCGCUGCCCAGCAGCAAUGACAGUGAUGCAUCUAAGAAAGUUCCUGCGGAGUAAGAUGGAUAUACCUAACACUUUCCAGAUUGAUGUGAUGUAUGAAGAGGAGCCUCUGAAGGACUACUACACCCUAAUGGAUAUUGCCUACAUCUAUACCUGGAGGCGGAAUGGGCCUCUGCCCUUGAAAUACCGGGUCCGACCUACCUGCAAGAGGAUGAAGAUCAGUCACCAGAGGGAAGGCUUGAAUAACAGUGGGGAGCUGGAAAGUGACUCUGGGAGCGACAAGGCAAGCAGCCCAGCAGGAGGCAUCCCCUCCACCUCCUCCUGUUUGCCCAGCCCCAGCACACCAGUCCAGUCUCCUCACCCCCAGUUCCCCCACAUCUCCAGCACCAUGAAUGGCACCAGCAGCAGCCCCAGCAGUAACCACCAGUCCUCCUUUACCAACAGAGCUCGGAAAACAUCAAUAAAUGGCUCCUCAGCCACUUCAUCUGGUUGAUGUGCCAACCAGGCUACCACCCUCACCCCUCCUUUAUAUAGAUCUCUCCAUGCCAUUACAGCUUUAUAGAUGCUAAUCCAUGUGACUAUCAUCCAAAUUGCUUUCUUUUGUAGUAACACUGAACUUGGCUAUAAAAGGCGGACUAGGUGACAUUCAGGAUGGACUAUAAUAACUGGAUUCAGUUAUUGGAAACGCAAGAUUGAAAUGUAAAUUUUUCAGAGGACUGGGAAACAAACAAAAGUUACACCUUCACCUGUUCUGAAUGAUGUGGAGUUGUUUCUGUCCCCAUCAUCUGGAGCCAGGAGUCUCCAGAAGUCAAUACAAAUCCUGGGAAGUAGUUUGUUAAUCCAGACUAACUCCUCCAUUGCGUUCUCUUCGAUUGUUAUUGUUCUUAUACUGUUUUGUGAACCUGUAGAAAGCAAGUGCUUUUUCAUCUUGAAAUCCAACAAAAUUGAAAGAAUAUGCAUAGAAAAAUGCAUAUAUGUAGCCAUGUCACUGUGAAUAACAAUUUUUGCGUAUUAGCCAUUUUGAUUCUUAUGUUGCAUCUUUUACUUCUCUGUUGCUGCGCAGAACCGAUCAAAAGAAAACUUCAGUUUUACAAUCUGUAUGCCUAAAAGCGGGUAUUACCGUUUUAUUUACUGACUUGUUUAAAUGAUUCGCUUUUGUAAGAAUCAGAUGGCAUUAUGCUUAUUGUACAAUGCCAUAUUGGUAUAUGACAUAACAGGAAACAGUAUUGUAUGAUAUAUUUAUAAAUACUAUAAAGAAAAUAUUGUGUUUCAUGCACUCAUGAUAUGGUUGUUAAAUUUCUAAACAGGUUCGACCCUUGCAGAUGCCGCCUGUUUGAGCUUUGCUCAUACUGCAAGAAACACAUUGUGUGUGAGAGCUACAGUAUUGGGGAAGCACAUUCAAGUCUCUGAUAACCUGGAGGCAAUUGGCAAUCUUAAAAGAAUUUUACUUGCUUUGUCUUUUUAUUUUUUUUUUCCUUCCAAGUGGAAGAUUUUUACUUUACCAAAUGUUGAAAUGAUACAGUGAAAAAAAGAAAUCAAGGGACAUGGAAGUUUUAGAUCUGUUUGAUUACCUUUUUAUUAUUUGGUGUGGUGGGACUGUGUUUCUAAAAGCACACGGAAUCAUUAUAGAAGCCAUAAACUGUUUGAUAUAAAUUUUAAGGAACCAGCAAGUGGCUGGAUGAAGGCAUUUAAUCUAAAUUUGUUUUAAUAUAUAUGUAUAUGGUACAGUACUAACUUCAUUAAAAUUUAACUGGUACUUUAAUAUUUCCAAUAAAUUGUGGAGAAUGCCUUCUCUUUAAUGGCCUGCAAGUAGGUGCAUUUUAUUAGAGGCUUCUAUGGGUGGGGUUUUUUCAAUAGGAGGAACUUUUCCACCAUAAAAUAUGAACAGCCCAGAACACUUUUCAGUUUGUGCUUUGCUUUGGUCGAACUUUGUGUGUGUUCAUCACCCAUCAGUUAUACAUUUGUGAGGGUGUUUAUUCUAUAUGGAUAUUGUUUCAUGUUUGUACGGAAAAAUUGUAGUUAAACAUUUCAUUGUCUCCAGUCUGCAAAAGAAGCACAAUUCUUAUUGCUUUGUCUUGCUUAUAGUCAUUAAAUCAUUACUUUUGAAUAUAAA